AUGUCAGAACCAACCCCCGUCUUGGACCCUCCUGUCGAGAAUGCACCAAGCCUCGUAGAAACCGACGGCGCUGCGCCCGCAGCUGCCACGACAGACAAUGGAGGGGCCAAAAAGAACAAUGGCCAGGACGUCACAAUGGCAGGGCUUGAGGGCUCGGGAGUCAAGGCUGCUAAGGCUGGGGCUGGGGCAGAACCGGUUCUUGCCGGCAGCAACAACGCGCCGACCACUACCGCUUCCUCGUCCACGAACCCACCCACCCCAAACCGCACCGCCACGCCUACCGGCUCCAAGGAGAGUGUGCCUGCGCGCCUGGAGAACAACUCGUCGCGCGCCGCCUCUGCCGCGCCGGCCGACCGCACUGCUGAUAGAGUCACCAUGCCCACCGAGCCGGCCGCGCACGGCGCCCCGACCCGCCAGUACCUCAACAGCAGGGUCACCUACCACGUCAUGGAGGGCAUGAAGAUCGUUGCGAAAGACCAACCCGCCGACCCCCUCCGAGUCCUGGGCGAGUUCCUGCUCCAGCGCAGCGCCGACCUUGAGCGUGCCAGUACUGCCCCUUCUGGCGCCGAGGGUGACAAGGAGAAGAUCAAAGAGAACGGCGCCGAUACUUCCAUCACUGAUCAGUGA